ACAAUACGUAGAGUCAACAGAGCGAGGCGCUGCUUCGUGGGUUCAUUUGAGACGCUGAGUCCGUCAGGGUUGGUCGCAAAACUACUGCCGCGCUGUGGCAACGACGUUGGAGUUGUUGGAAACUACAUAGUGCUGGAACAACGUCAACAGUGUACUGGGAGAUGUACGUCUGACACAAGCCAGGUGUGUUUGACAGGAAAGGUUUAUUGGAAUACGCAACAGACAAAUAUUCCCGGAUGCCUACAUGAUGGGCGUGUCCACCCGUGACCUCACAGAGCUACGUGUGAGGGAGGGGCUUGUGUAGCCCCGACCCCGGCAUGCCUCCUGCGACCAACCUACGGAUACCAUGCUCUACCCUCUUGGUCACCACCGAAGUCUACAACACCACCAGUCGCGACGCCGCCAUCGACAACGACGACCGCAAUGCCCUGUUAUACAUCGUCGUCACGCUUCUGUUCUACUCCCUGGGUAUUGUAGUCGGUAUCAUAACCUACCUGAAGCGCGAGAAGCGCGAAAUGGAAGAGACCAAAACUUUUGAAAUGUUCAUGAGCCUCAAAAGAGAUCCAUUCACUGCAACGAAACUACGUAGGGUUCAAAUUGUAACAGAAAGACUAGAACAACUUGAAAAAUCCAGGCUUGCUAUGGAGAUGUCGCAGGGCUCUGAGCUUGAAAGGUUGAUGACAGAUCGAAAUGAGGAGGAGGUGGCAGUUCAUGGAGAGGAGGAUAGAAAAACGGAAGAAGAACAGAUAAGCGUUCAGUCAGCGGAGGACACUGACGGGUCUGAACGACCAACUGUUUUAGGUGUAUCUGAUUCCAGUUCUAACUCAGAAGACGAUCCAAAGAGACUUCAGUUACAGAAACAGGCCAAUGUAUUUCAAGUGUCUCCAUCGGGAGAACCUAUAUCAUCAGUAGUGGCCAAGAUAUUUGACUCUGAGAGACGAGGCGGUCUUCCUAACUCACCUAAAGCCCUGCAUUUAUUCAAUAGCCGUGGUCGGCUAAGUCGGGAUCAAUCUUUAGACUCUGGUUCCGCUAGGGGGCGCUUGAGCAGAGACCAGUCUGUUGACCUGACACCUACUUCCGCUAUUUCCGGAAGUAGCGCCGCCGAAAGCAAGACGCCCCCUGUGGAACCAGAAGGUUGUCUCGUCACCAACGUGUGAUGUGGUCCUGUAGGAUUUUUUGUGUUCGUUUGUUCUUCUCCGAGCGGCCAGUCACAACACAGUUUAGUUUGACAUCACCUCUAUGCAAUGCCCAGACAGUUACAAACUUGAAUACCAUCUUAGCACCAUCACUCUUUUACUUGUUUUUUACUCACGUUGUUUACGAAGUUUCUUCACAGUUUAUCAAUUUAUGCAUCAUUAAACUUAUCUCACAAUA